AGACCCAAUUACACAGACUCACCCGAACGGACUCGCCGCUUUUCUUUUCGUCGCCGGAUACACAACCGAAGCCGCCGUGCUCCGCCGCCUCCUCUCGCUCCGCCUCCGCCUUCGCCGUCUGUUGCAUCCCUGUCGGCCAUGUCGAUCUUCGAGUACAACGGGAGCGCCGUGGUGGCGAUGGUGGGGAAGAACUGCUUCGCGAUCGCCAGCGACCGGCGCCUGGGCGUGCAGCUGCAGACCGUCGCCACCGACUUCCAGAGGGUGUUCAAGAUCCACGGCAAGCUGUACAUCGGCCUCUCCGGCCUCGCCAGCGACGCCCAGACGCUGUACCAGCGGCUGGUGUUUAAGCACAAAUUGUACCAGCUUCGGGAGGAGAGGGACAUGAAGCCUGAGACCUUCGCCAGCCUUGUCUCGGCCCUCCUCUACGAGAAAAGGUUUGGGCCAUACUUCUGCCAACCAAUUAUUGCUGGGCUAGGUGAAAAUGAUCAGCCAUUUAUAUGUACCAUGGACUGCAUUGGUGCCAAGGAACUGGCAAAAGAUUUUGUGGUUUCUGGUACUGCUUCGGAAUCACUAUAUGGUGCUUGUGAGUCCAUGUACAAACCAGACAUGGAACCCGAAGAACUAUUUGAGACAAUCUCACAAGCAUUGCUUUCUUCUGUUGACCGCGAUUGCCUGAGUGGUUGGGGAGGUUAUGUUCUUAUUGUAACACCCACUGAAGUUCAGGAGAGAGUGCUUAAGGGAAGGAUGGACUGAUUUCGCAACACCUGUAGUCCUAGAUCACAUAGGAGAUUGUUCCUUUAUUCUCGACCUACUAAAACCUGUGUGAUCUGCUCUUUCUGUGCACUCGUGUUCAAACCUAUAACUUGGAUUUUAACAUGCCACUGAAGUCUGAAAUCUGAAAUCAAAAUCAUGUGUGCCUGUGCACUUUGUUCCAGAA